AUGAGAAAGGCUUUCAAUAUUCCUUUGUUGCUUCUUGUAGCAUUCUUGUAUGCUACUACUGCUGUAGCAAGAAUUGAUCCCUCAGUUUUCAACAUAUAUUGCAGUGUUGGUACGGUCUGGAACACGGUUUUGAGAAGAUUGGCCAAGUCAGUAAAGUUGUUGAGAUUAGUGAUUGUUUUGUAUUUAUUUCUGCAACAGUUUGCCAGAGUUUUAAUGGGAACUUCGAAUCUUAAGAUUCCUUCAAAAAACUCUAUUGACAAUCAAGAGACCCUUCCUUCUAGGGCAUGUUGUGUUAUCGUCGAGUUUCUCACUGGUGGAACGCCGAAACAAUACUUGAUAAAAAACAGGGGGAAGAAACUUGCAUAUAAGAUUGUGGUUCAACUUGUUUUGGAUCUCUCCAGAGGUCUUAGCUAUUUGCAUUCGAAGAAGAUUGUUCAUCGUGAUGUUAAGUUGAAGAAUAUGUUGCUAGAUGGUAACCAGAAUCUAAAGAUAGCUGAUUUUGGAGUUGCUCGGGUUGAAGCUAUGAAUCCAAGUGACAUGACUGCUGAAAUUGGAACUCUCAGAUAUAUGGCUCCCGAGGUUUUUGAUGGUAAACCUUACAAUAGGACAUGUGAUGUCUAUAGCUUUGGCAUUUGCUUGUGGGAAAUUUAUUGCUGUGAUAUGCCUUAUAAACUAAAUUCAAUUUUGUGUAGAAAUUUAUUGUUGUGA